AUGACAGUACUAGUAAAGUAUAUUCAUCAAUAUGACUUUGUGCCCUCCGAGGGAGCUGCCAUUGCUUUCGCCAUUAUCUUCUUUAUUACCAUGGCUGCUCACGGAUUUCAACUAUUCCGCACCAAGACCUGGUUCUUCAUUCCAUUCCUAAUAGGACUUAUAUUUGAGUCCGCUGGUUAUAUAGCAAGAGCAUAUUCAUCUACCCAAUACCCCGACUAUAAAAUCGCGCCAAUGUUGAUUCAAUAUAUUCUCAUCCUGGUAGCCCCGGCCCUCUUGGCUGCCAGUAUCUACAUGGAAUUUGGUCGAAUAAUCCUUGUAACGAACGGCGAAAACUACACUAUCAUCCGACGAACAUGGCUCACCAAAAUAUUUGUUUGCGGAGAUAUUAUAUCUUUCGUGGUGCAGUUUGGAGGCGCCGGCAUGCUCGCCAACACAUCCACCGCCUCCUCUGGCCCAAAAAUCAUGGAGAUCGGCGUUGUGAUCCAAAUCCUUUUUUUCGGUCUCUUUCUGAUCACCAUCAUUAUCUUCCAUGUCCGGCUGGUAAAAAUGGGCUCUGCAACAUUAUAUACAGUGCCAUGGAAAAGGCAUGUCAUGGCCUCGUACGCUAGCGGUGCUUUGAUCUUUGUUCGGUCCGUUUUUCGCCUUGUUGAAUUUACUGAGUUUACCGGAAGCACGGAGGGGCCUAUUGCGAAGUAUGAGUGGAUGUCGUAUGUUUUUGAUGCUGUGAUGAUUUUGAUUACCAGUGUCAUCUUUAACUGGGUUCACCCCUCGGAGAUGAUCCCGUAUCUUCCGAGCGAGCGUGAUUCCACUGAUAUGGAGAUGUUGGCUGAAACAGAAGAGAAGGAUUGUAUUUAG